CGCCCCCCGGGCCCUGCGUCCCCUCCCCCGCUGGCGGGGCCCGGACAGAAGAUGGUGCAGAAGAAAACAGCCGAACUUCAGGGCUUCCACCAUUCGUUCAAGGUGGAAGGACGAAGACUUAUCAGAGCAUUGAUCGCAGUCCCCAUGGGGGCCAGACUCCUCAGUGGGCAGGAGCAGAGGCUGGUGGACCAGCAUCAGCAGGCUGGCUUCACCUGCUGUCCCCAUUCUGCAGGUGAACAAACCAAGGGGCAGAAUCCUUUCGAGCUGGCCUUCUCCCUAGAACAAGCCCACCCCGGGGAGACUGACUUCAGCCUGGAGUGCCCAGCCCGCCCUGAUAUGCCCACGAGUCAGCCCAUCGACAUCCCAGAUGCCAAGAAGAGGGGCAAGAAAAAGAAGCGGUGUCGGGCAACUGACAGCUUCUCGGGCAGGUUCGAAGACGUCUACCAGCUGCAAGAGGAUGUGCUUGGGGAGGGUGCCCAUGCCCGUGUGCAGACCUGUAUCAAUCUCAUCACCAACCAGGAGUACGCUGUCAAGAUCAUCGAGAAGCAGCCUGGCCACAUUCGAAGUAGGGUUUUCCGAGAGGUGGAGAUGCUGUAUCAAUGCCAGGGACACAGGAACGUUCUAGAGCUGAUUGAGUUCUUCGAGGAGGAAGACCGCUUCUACUUGGUGUUUGAGAAGAUGCGGGGCGGCUCCAUCCUAAGCCACAUUCACAAGAGACGGCACUUUAAUGAGUUGGAGGCCAGCGUGGUCGUGCAGGACGUGGCCAGCGCCUUGGAUUUCCUGCACAACAAAGGCAUUGCCCACAGGGACCUAAAGUUGGAAAACAUCCUCUGUGAGCACCCCAACCAGGUCUCUCCCGUGAAGAUCUGCGACUUUGACCUGGGCAGUGGCAUCAAACUCAAUGGUGACUGCUCCCCCAUCUCCACCCCGGAGCUGCUAACCCCGUGCGGUUCUGCAGAGUAUAUGGCCCCUGAGGUGGUGGAGGCCUUCAGCGAGGAGGCCAGCAUCUACGACAAGCGCUGCGACCUCUGGAGCCUGGGUGUCAUACUCUACAUCCUGCUGAGUGGCUAUCCACCCUUCGUGGGCCACUGCGGCAGCGAUUGCGGCUGGGACCGUGGUGAGGCCUGCCCCGCCUGCCAGAACAUGCUGUUCGAGAGCAUUCAAGAGGGCAAGUAUGAGUUUCCUGAGAAGGACUGGGCCCACAUCUCCUUCGCUGCCAAAGAUCUCAUUUCAAAGCUGCUGGUUCGCGAUGCCAAGCAGAGGCUGAGUGCUGCACAGGUCCUGCAGCAUCCCUGGGUGCAGGGGUGCGCCCCAGAGAACACCCUGCCCACGCCCAUGGUCCUGCAGAGGAACAGCUGUGCCAAAGACCUCACGUCCUUCGCAGCCGAGGCCAUCGCCAUGAACCGGCAGCUGGCCCAGCGCGAGGAGGACGCGUUGGAGGAGGUGGGGCAGGGCCAGCCCGUGGUCAUCCGAGCUACCUCACGCUGCCUGCAUCUGUCUCCACCAUCCCAAUCCAAGCUGGCCCAGCGGCGGCAGCGAGCCAGCCUGUCCGCAGCCCCUGUGGUCCUGGUAGGGGACCACGCAUGACCCCUCCCUCCUUCUGUACAUAGGUCACCCCCUCCCCAAUCAGAUCUCAAGAUUUUUUUAAGCUAUUGCCAGCCAGUGACCAGCAGGCUGUGCUACCCCACCCCCACCCCCUUGGGUUCCGAGGCACUCAGCUCAGCUGAGGGGAUCUUUUUAUAUAAAGUUUUUGCUGUUUGCGUUUUUCCUUUUUUUUCUGUCCCCCACCCCCAUUUUUUUUUCCCUUUGAAUGGUGUUAAAAGUAAACAGGCACCCUGGGAGAAGAGCAGAGGGCACAUGUGCUGCACAUGCCGCUCCCCCGCCACCCUGGCCCCACAUGCUCACAUGUACUGUGAAAGACCCUGUGCCCAUGGCCCCUGCCCAGUGUGACUCAGGAGAGGAGGACGUUUGCCGUCUUCCAGAGCUGGGGGGCCCUGGAACACACUUGUGCCCCCUCCCCCUUCCCAGCCCUCACAGUGUUCUCAAGGCUGGACUGACCUUGCACCUCCUUUCGUCCCCAAAGGCACCCUGGUGGCCAGUGGUGUCCUGGGUGUGGGCAGCUGGAGUGAAUAGCCAACCACAUGGACACCACCCCCCACCCCACCCCUCACUGACAACCUUGACCUUAAAUUGCAGCUGAUGGGGAGAGGCUGCACCCAUUGCCACUACCCCACACCCUUUCCACUGGGGGCUACCCAGAGCAAGGGCACUGGAGGGAUGGGAGGGG